GAAACGAUCUCACAAAAAAUUUAAAUAAAAACUACAAAUUCAAAGCAAACCAAAAAAAAAAAAUAGUAACAAAUACAUGCAAAGAAAAAAAUACAUUAAUACCAAUUUUAAUCUAUAAUUUGUGUAUAUGAUUUUGAAAAUAAAUAAAAAAAUAACUUACAUGAAAAUAAGCACAGAUAAAGAAAAUGAAAUAACGUAUAAUAUUUGAAAAGUGGAAACCAAAAACAAACAAAAAACUGAAAUCAUUUAAAUAAAAAUAAAAAACAGCAACGAUUUUAAAGAAGUGUUUUCAAAACAAAACUAAAAGUGCACAAAAAACAAAAACAAAUAAAAAAUGGAAGGUGAAUCUACGGAAUCAACACAUAAUACAAAGGUAUCGGAUUCUGCCUAUUCAAACAGCUGCAGUAACAGUCAAUCCCAGAGAAGUGGCAGUUCAAAAUCUCGCCUAAGUGGGAGUCAUUCGUCGGGAAGCAGCGGUUAUGGCGGCAAACCAUCAACACAAACCAGCAGUGAAAUUCACAUCACCAAAAGGGGUAAGGACAAGGGCAGGAAAAAGAAGAAACAAAAGUGUUCAUCAACGGUGACGAAUGCCUUGGAUUCACAAGAAGAUGUGGCCAAAACAAAUGAAACAAAAGCUGAUGAAGAAAUUGAUCUCAAUGAUAUUACAAUGACUCAAGGUAAUCGACAAAAGGAGAAUAAAGAGAAUUUGGAAAAGGAAAAUAAUGAACCCAAAAUAGAAAAGUCGCUUCAGUCACCCAUACCUUCACCAUUGUCGGCAACCACCAAUCAAGGUGUAAAAUCUGAGAAAACUUGCGAAUCGGCACCUGGUAAAUUGGAAUCUUCGGGAAAAACUGAAAAACUUAAAGAGGACAGUUUCUGUUGCGUUAUAUCAAUGCAUGAUGGCAUUGUUUUGUAUACCACUCCCAGUAUUACAGAUGUACUCGGUUUCCCCAGAGAUAUGUGGCUGGGACGUUCAUUUAUUGAUUUUGUACAUCCCAAAGAUCGUGCCACAUUUGCCAGCCAGAUAACUACGGGCAUUCCUAUUGCCGAGUCGAGGAGCAGUAUACCCAAAGAUGCCCGCAGCUCAUGUUGUGUAAUGUUGAGACGUUAUCGUGGCCUGAAAUCGGGGGGUUAUGGUGUUAUUGGACGUUCAGUGAAUUAUGAGCCAUUCCGUUUGGGUCUGACUUUUCGUGAAGCCCCCGAAGAGGCAAGGUCAGACAAUUCCUUGCCCAGUGGCACAAAUAUGCUAUUGGUAAUAUGUGCCACACCCAUAAAAAGUGCUUACAAAGUAUGCGAUGAAUUGCUAUCCCGAAAAACUCCUAAAUUUGCAAUACGUCACACAAAGACUGGUAUUAUUUCAACAGUAGAUAGUGGAGCUGUUUCAGCAUUGGGUUAUUUGCCCCAGGACCUUAUUGGUCGCUCCAUAUUGGACUUUUAUCACCAUGAAGAUCUCACUGUCUUAAAGGAAAUCUACGAGACUGUUAUGAAGAAAGGCCAAACGGCUGGUGCUUCAUUUUGUAGCAAACCCUAUAGAUUCCUUGUGCAAAAUGGCUGCUAUGUUCUCUUGGAUACAGAGUGGACCAGCUUCGUAAAUCCAUGGUCAAGAAAAUUGGAAUUUGUCAUUGGACACCAUCGCGUCUUUCAGGGUCCCAAAAAUCUAAAUGUCUUUGAUCCACCACCAUCCAACAAACCCAAACUCUCCGAGGAGGCAAUGCAGCGCAUAACACGCAUAAAAGAGGAUAUUCUUAAACUUUUAUCCGAAACUAUUUCCCGUCCCAGCGAUACUGUCAAACAGGAAGUUUCUCGACGUUGUCAGGCAUUGGCGUCUUUUAUGGAACCCCUGAUGAAUGAAGUGGCCCGUCAAGAUCUCAAAUUAGAGCUACCAAAUGAAAAUGAACUAACCGUUUCCGAACGUGACUCGGUUAUGUUGGGUGAAAUUUCACCACACCAUGAUUACUAUGACAGUAAAAGUUCCAUUGAGACUCCGCCAUCGUACAAUCAAUUGAAUUACAAUGAAAAUUUGCAACGUUUUUUUAACAGCAAGCCUGUUACAGCACCCGUAGAAACGGAUCCCAUUAAAAUGGAACAAUCCUACAGUACUCCGGCCAAUACCGGAAGCAAUCUCAGUCCAAUGCAAUGUUUUGAGGAUAGUGGAGGCAGUGGAUCUUCGAGAAAUUGUACUUCGGGCAGUAAUCUGAACAUGGGCAGUGUUACAAAUACCAGUAAUACUGGCACGGGUACUUCCUCCGGCAGUGCACCUCUCGUCACGCUUACUGAAUCAUUACUGAAGAAACACAAUGAUGAAAUGGAAAAAUUCAUGCUGAAGAAGCAUAGGGAGUCUAGGGGUCGAGGAUGUGGUGAGAAGAAUAAGAAAUCUUCCGAUAAAACCAUGGAGUAUAGCGGACCGGGUCAUGGUAUAAAACGGGUGGGUUGCCAUUCUUGGGAGGGUGAAGCAAAUCGACCCAAACAACAGCAUACCAAUCUUUUGGAGAUGCAGCGCGAUUUUGUCGAACAUCACAAUGUUGCACAACAACCCUGUAACACUAAUACCAACAACAAAGUAUUCAAUAAUCGUCAAACAACACUGGACAGUUCUGCAUUGAGAAUUCCCUAUACGACUGGUCUGAAUUAUACUCGCAGUGUAAAUUUAUGGCCUCCGUUUUCGGUGGGACUCUCCACUCAUACCACACAUACAUCGCCCAUAGCCCAAAACAGUUUCACUCCUCCGCACAGUAUGUUUCCCACUAUUUAUUAUAUUCCUGCCCCUGGUCCUACCGCAGCCGCUGCUGCAGCAGCUGUUCAAGCUAAACGUAAUCCCGCCGACAUGCCAAGUACUUCAAAUCAAACAUUACCCCUUCAGUAUAUGACAGGCGUUAUGUAUCCACAUCCGCCUUUGUUCUAUACACAUCCUGCAGCAGCUAUGAUGUACCAGCCGGUUUCAUUUUCAAAUGUGACCAGCAAUUUGAGCAUGGCCCCAGAGAGAAGCGUGGGAGCAGCAGUAGAUUUUCGAACGAAUCAAAAUUUAAUGGUGGCCCCAAAUAGUUCUAAACCUCAACAACAACAGCCACAUCAGCAGCAACAACAGGGAGCUUUUCAUUCAAUAACACCCGUGCAAUUGCAGCGACCAUCGUCCCAGGCCACUUCGGUAAAAGCCGAGCCAGGAUCAAAUAUGGCUCCAUCGGAUUCUUCUAAAAAGGGAAUUGCUGGUUCUCCCAUUGUCUCUGUCAUGGGUGAUUAUGUUUCUGAUCAGCACAACGAAAACACUCUUAAGCCCAACACCGAUAGUAAUGGUAAUAGUGAUGAUAUGGACGGUUCCAGCUUUUCAUCGUUUUAUUCGUCAUUUAUUAAAACAACUGACGGCUCAGAUAGUCCCCAGGAGAACGACAACAGCAAAGAGGCACGAAAAUUUAAGGUACAGACUGAAGAGAAAAUAAUGGAAGAUGCCGAGGAGGAUGAAACACAACACGGCGGUGGACUGUAAAUUAUAAGAUAUUCGUGAUAUGGAUAUUUUUUUUCUCGUCACAAGCAUUUUGGAUGGUCGCUCAAGUACAAAUCAGCAUAGAUGGAAUGCAUUUUCAAAAAAACACUUUGUGGACACAUUUAGUUAUAGCAGUUUUCUACUAUAUACUAUUUUGUUAACAGUUGGCUAUUUUGUAAUACAAUAGAUAUGUAAUUAAGAAUGAAAGGAUACCUUAUUUGUAUUUAAGAGAAAAGAACUAAAGAUAAAAUAAAG